AUGUCUGAUUUAUCAAUGACUAUGUCAUUAGCGCCGAAAAUUCCACGAGGACGCGGUCCUGUUGACGGACGUGCCUUUUUUGAACGUCUCUGGCGUGGAAAUUUUUUUCUAGACCGACAAAAAGCGUUCAAACGCACUCGUAAAAGAAAAUUGCAAACAGCCAAUGGGAAAAAGAGGAUUCAGCAGCAAUUGCAAGCUAAGCAACAACAUUGUUGCUGCUGUCAGAGAAUUCAAUUUCAUUUACUUGCUGGCCGCCGCAAUAGUAUGAGAUCUGUUGUUAGUGUACGAGAGACGCAUCAAGUAGCAGAAGCCCAGCAGGAAAAAAAUGCAAAAUUACGUGAAGCAUUUGGAAUCUCGGAGUUCUUCGUAGAAGGCAGCAGCUUAGACCCAGAGCGACGAACCCGAGAAGCAGAAGCUCGGGCAGCUGCCAGCAAGUACGAGCUGGUGCACAGCCCCAGUCCGGUUGCAGAAGACCCGGAGCCAGUCGCUGAGAAAAAAGUAAAGCGCAAAAGGUCCAGCAGCAGCAACAAGAAGAAAAAGGGGAAGAAACACAAGAAGGACAGAUCCGAGUCGCCGAAAGAAAAAUCUAAGAAAAAAGACAAUUCUUCAGAAGCAGAGUCUAAAAAGAAGAAAAGAAAGAAAAAGAAGAAAUCUAAAGAUGGAAAAAGUAAAGAGAAGAAAAAGUCUGCCUCGAAACGUAAACGUCAAUCAUCUGAGAGUUCUUCAGACUCUUCUCCCGAGCGUCCACCAAAAAAAUCAAAGAAACAGCAAGAAAAAAUCCCCGAAAAUCUUCCUAUCAUCGAUCCACCACCCCGCGAGCGUCAAGCGCGUUCACCAAAGCGCCAAGAGCGUCUCCGAGGCGAGACACCUCCUCCAAGACCCCGAGACUCACCAAUACGCUUACCAGAAAGUAAAAAAGACCGCGAAAAAUCACCAGAAAAAAAGGAACGAACACCUUUAUUACCUUUACCUCCAAAACGUCACGAGCGUCGUUCAAUCUCUCGAAACCGGGAAAGAGUCCCCGACCUGCCUCGCCCCCGAAGAUACUCCCGGCCGCGAAGAAGCCCCUCACCUCGCCGGAGGCGCAUCUCACGUUCUCCUAGACGUAUCAGCCGCUACUCAAGAUCUAGAAGUCAAAGCAGACCCCGGUACGACAGAUACCGCGGAGGUUCCCGACGCAGACCUUCACCCUUUCGCCGACGAAGAUCCCGCUCCAGAAGACGCUCUCCUCGUCGAGAUCGCCGCCGAAGAUCCCUCAGCAAAUCCAGAAGCCAUUCUUCAGCCAGUUACUCUCCAGUCCGCAAGAAUGCACCAGCUGACCGGUUCAAAUCUUCCCAGGAGGACAAAAAGAAGCCCUUGAAGUCCAGGUCAGUCUCCAAGACCAGGAAAUUAAAGCCAGUUGCUCCAAGGGUCAGCUUGAGGUCUUCCAGCGAAGACGAGGAUAUUGAUGAGGAACAUCAACAACAUCAACAACAUCAACAUCAACAAUCCAAGCUUGAUGAUGUUAAUGAGGAAAAAUUGAAGGAAUUUAAUACCUUGAAGCGGCUCCAGUCCGGGUUAGCUGCCAAAGCUCGAGAAUCUUUGGGGAAAAAAUUGAGUCCUGUUAAGGAUAAAGUUAAAGAAAAAGAAGAAAGUGUUUUGGAUAUUGCUUUGCCUGAUGAUCCUCCAAAAAUUCUUUCAACUAUGUCAACUGUCCAGCCGAUUGUCUUUAAGGAAAAGUCUAAAUCUAAAUCGCCAGUUCAAUUAAAUAUCACCAGGUCUGUUGAAUCCAGCAGAUCUCCAUCUCCAGCUUUGCUUUUGACUCGUGCUGAAGCUGAAGCUGCUGCUGCUGCAGCUUCUAAUUCUUCUAAUUCUAAUUUGGCUACUGGAGUCUCCAAAAAUUCUAAUGUCCCGACAAUUAUUUCAAACACUAUAUCUCCAAUUAAAAUUCACAUGAAAAUUGCAACACCUCCAGGUGUAGCUAUGCUGCUUCAGGAGAGAGAUAUUAAACUUAGAUCACCAUCAGAGUCCCCGCCGAUGAAUACAGUGAAUAAAAUGAAUAAAAAUAAAAUAAAUAAAAUGAAUAAAGUGAAUAAAAUACUCAGGUCAAGAUCUCCAAGCACGCCGAAAAAAUCUCCAAGUCCGAAAAAGAAAUCUUACUCUAGAUCUCCAACUCGCUCGUCAUCUAGGUCAGUUUCUAGAGAUAAAGAAGGGUCAAGGUCACCUAGAGGUAGGUCAGUGUCUAGGACCAGGUCUAAGUCUAGAGAACGUAAGGAGAGGACUAGGUCAAAGUCCAGGGAACGGAAAGAGAGGACUAGGUCUAAAUCAAGGGAACGGAAGGAGAGAACUAGGUCCAAGUCUAGGGAUAAAAAGUCGCUUUCUCCGGUCAAGAGGUCCAGGUCGACUUCCAGGACCAAGUUGUCACCGGCUUCUGCUGGGUCCAAGAAUUCUAGAGGUUCGAGGUCUUCGUCGGGGUCGAAGCAUUCUGGGUCGAGGUCUAGGUCCAGGUCUAAGAAAACUAACUCGAGGUCGCCGAAGAAAGUUAGGUCGAGAAGUAGGACCAGGUCGGAGUCACACAGGUCCAGGAGUCGGUCGAUGUCGAAGAAAUCACGUACAGAAGAAGUUUUUCAAGUUCAUCUCGAUCAUCUAACAGUGCGUCUAGUAGAUCAUCACGUAGCUCAAGCGGCAGCUCUAGCUCAAGUCGUUCCCGUUCGCCAUCAAUACCCAGACGCCGUGGUUCACCGAGUUUUCUCGAUCGUCGCCGAAUCACCAGCCAGAGUUAUAGCACAAGCAAGACUUGCCAACAACCACUAUUACAGGUUUAGCUUCAAGCGCAUGCACUUCGGAUUAGACCCUCAGCUCCCCUGUUCCAUCUGCAACCUUCACGAAAAGGAAAACCUAGCACAUAUCUUCCUCAGAUGCCCGAUAUAUAACCCUUACAGAGAUCAUUUUCUCUCCUCUUUACUGUCGUCUCUAACGCCUGACGUUGAUGAUGACAAUUUACUACUUCUCCACUUACUUAACGACCCUAGACCAUCGACAGUCAAAGCAGUCUACUUAUAUCUAUCUCGCUCUAUGAAACUAAGAGCUUUCUGCCUAAAUGAAUAG